AUGGCACCGGCGACGAUCCUCAGGGAAGCCAGCGACAACACCCCCCGCCACCGCACCACCGGCUGCUUCUCCUUCAACUUCUGCAGCCCCUGCUCCUCCUCCUCCUCCUCGCACUCGGCCUCCGAGCCCUGGCACGGCAGCUGGUGGAACAGAGUCAUUUCGAAGAUACGGGACUUCUCCGACAAGGUGGUAGCGCCGCGGUGGAAGACGUUGGUUCGAAGCUUCAGCCGGAAGAACGACAACAACGAGCACCACAGCGGUGGCGACGACGGGUGGAAGACGAGAUCGAUGGCGCGAUUCCAAUACGACCCCAUGAGCUACGCCCUCAACUUCGACGAGGGGCCGGAGGACGAGGACGCACAGUUCGGCCACCGGGACUUCUCCGCCCGCUUCGCCGCCCCAACGUCGGCCUAG